AUGGCUUCAAAGCCAGAAACGCGUUUAAUGCGCGCUUUGGCACCGAAAAGGAAACCUGACAUUGAGACAGCAGUCGCUCUUCAACGAGCGGGUCAAAAUGCCUACAAAGUUGGUGAUUUCCAAAGCGCCAUUCGGUCCUUCACUCAGGCAUUGGCAGCAAACCCGGAGGAUAUUGGGAUCUAUGACAAUCGCGCCGCCACUUAUUCCAAGUUGACACAGUACAGUCAUGCCCGCGCUGAUGCUAGAGCCAUGGUCAAGCUUGCGCCUAAUGAGGAUCGUGGCUAUCUGCGCCUCGGUAAGGUGCUAUGCCUGGACGGAAACUUUGACAAGGCUGUAUCCAUCUACGAAUAUGGCCUCCAAAAACUUCCAGCAAACCACUCAGGGCGUAAAGUUAUUACACAGUUACUAAAGAAACUGCAGGACAGGCUCGCUGGAGGAAGUCGGCGUGAUCCCUUCACAGCCCUGCCACUAGAGAUGGCAGACCUGAUCCUUCAAUCCUUUUCCUUCAAGCAGAUUGUAGCAAUCCUGCGGGUCUGCAAAGGUUGGAAACACUUUCUGAUCGGGCUAACUAGCCUGUGGAUGAAUAUUGACCUCACUGGCGCGAGAAUUCGUGUACCCUGGACAUCUAUCCGGAACUACAUCCAUCGAUCACGAGCGCAAGUAACCGCUGCCACCAUCACGGAUAUUGCGCCCUCUGCCAUCCCAAAGGUGAUUGACAUGAUGAGCAGAUGCCCCAAGUUAGAGCAUCUAGCAUUUCUAGCCCCUCACACCGAAACCCACGAAUUCUAUCCGAGAAUCAAGGAAUUUCAAAACCUGAAGAGCCUCUCAUGUGGACCAGAGAUCAGCCUUCCUCAUCUAUAUGUUGGCAGCAUCCUAUCCGCGCUUCCGAAACUUGAAAAGGCUUCAUUCACUCGCGUUUGGGAUAGCCAUACCAGGUCGUCACCACCGCCCCCGUGGCCCCAAAAUCUCCCGAACAUGAAGAGUCUCACUAUCGCAUCUACCCAAAGAAUUCUUCCUAGCGUGAACGGGGACUAUCUUGAUGUGGUUCCAGGACUAGGAUCUUCUGUAUACCCCAACCUGGAGGAACUGCGGUUGAUCUGGUACCCUGCGCUCUCGGAAUCAUUUCGAUUCAAUCCCGUGGAGGAGGAUCAAAGUCUCCCGCAAAUCCGCCAGCUAGAGCUGCGAGGCGCGGUCAUUCAACCCGAUUUCUAUUCAAUCCUCCCAGCCAGCCUCCAGGAACUGCGUUUAGACUCUGGAUCAAUCGAACGCGCGGAUAACGGUAGCGCGCAGAUCUUGAUACCUGCAGAGAACGAACUCCCAAAUCUGAGGACACUCACCUUCAACGACGCACCUUGGGUCAACCCCUACACACUUUCCCUCUUCCUCUUCCAUGGCAAAGCGCCACUUCGAACUCUUUGCGUGAACGAUUGUCUUAACCUGAUCGGUCCGGAUCUGGUUGAUCUGCUCUCCGACCCCGAUGGGGCCAAUCCGGAGUUAGAAAACAUCACAGAGAUCGGAGCCUCGGGAAUGCCUGCCAUGGACGACAUUUGCGUCGAAGCUCUGUGCAUAAGACUGCCGAACCUGAAGGCUCUGGAUCUAUCACAGACGAGAAUCACUGGUUGCACGGUCCGCAUGUUGGCUGACUCCCACGAGGAGGACUCGAGUGUUCCAAAACUCGAGACAUUGACUAUCAAGAGAUGCGACAGUAUAUCCCGUGAUGCCAUUGAUUACGGGCGAACAAAGGGACUGAGGAUCAUUACUCAGUAG